AAUCCCAGACCCUCCAGCCCGACUGGCUCUCCAAGCGGCAACAUCCAGGCAGAAGAGAGGAGGAGGCGGAAGAGGGAGUGGAAGAAGAGGAAGAGGAAGAAGGGGGAGCUGUGGGACCCCGCAAACGGCAGCACCCCGGCCGACGGGAGGAUGAGGCUUCAUGGUUGGUCAAUGCAACCCAGCACAAGUGGCAACAUCCUGGCCGGCACUCCUCCUGGCUUGGGUAUGCUGUCACCAAGCGGCAGCAUCCGGGCAGACGGCUUGUGGAUCCCAAGUUCCAGAGGAGCUGGGAAGAGGAGGAGGAGGAAGAAGAGAGAGAGGAAGAGCUGGUGCCUGAGAAACGCCAGCAUCCGGGCAAGAGGGCCCUGGGAGGCCCGUGUGGGCCUCAAGGAACCUGUGGUCUAGCCAGCCUCCUGCUCAGGCCUCCUGCUGGGGCUCCUGAGAAAAAGCGGCAGCAUCCUGGGAGGCGGGAGGCCUGGGUCAGGGAGCCCCUGGCAGAGUGA